ACAACACAUGUUAAGUUAAAUAACACUUUUUUAAACAUAUUACCUUGUUAGUCAAACAUAUAUUAAAGACUUAGUUUUAAAAUGUAUGCGCUGCGUUCAUUCGCCUCAAAGUCUGGACAAUUAAGUCGCCUAAGCUAUUUAUGCCGGCAAUCACAGCGUACUGCUACUUUUGCACUAUAUUUGUCGCAACCGAAGAGUCAGCCGGCAUGGGCAGCACAGCGUAACUUUGCGACGGAGCCCAAGGCAAACGCAGGCGUGGACAAACAUGAGUUCCAAGCGGAGACACGCCAGCUACUGGACAUUGUGGCACGUUCGCUGUACUCGGAUCAUGAGGUUUUUGUGCGCGAGCUCAUUUCUAAUGCCAGCGAUGCGCUUGAAAAGUUCCGUUAUACAGCGCUAAGUAACACAGAUGAGUCUCAGCUGGCGGCCAAGGAUCGUACACUAGAGAUCCGCAUUACCACGGACAAGCCUAUGAUGCAGCUGAUCAUUGAAGAUAGCGGCAUUGGCAUGACUCGAGAGGAGCUCAUCAGCAAUCUUGGCACUAUAGCGCGCAGUGGCUCCAAACAGUUUAUGGAGCAGCUGAAGGAGCAAGCGCAGUCAUCACAAGCAACGUCCAAUAUCAUUGGACAAUUUGGCGUGGGCUUCUACUCGGCCUUCAUUGUGGCCAAUCGCGUGGAGGUAUAUACACGUGCGGCAGCUUCCGAUGCAAUUGGUCUGCGCUGGUCCACAGACGGCAGCGGUAGUUAUGAAAUUGAGCAGGUGGAGGAUGUGCAGCAUGGCACCAAAAUUGUACUGCAUCUAAAACCCGAAUGCCGCGAAUAUGCGGAUGAGGAUCGCAUACGUGCGGUCAUUAAAAAGUACAGCAACUUUGUGGGCUCGCCCAUUUUGCUGAACGGCAAGCAGGCGAAUGAAAUUAAGCCGCUCUGGCUGCUGGAUCCACAGAGCAUCAGCAAGGAGCAGCAUCAGGACUUCUACCGCUUCAUUAGCAACAGCUUCGAUACGCCACGCUUCACACUACACUACAACGCAGAUGUGCCCGUGAGCAUACAUGCGGUGCUAUACUUUCCAGAAGGCAAGCCUGGACUCUUUGAGAUGUCACGCGACGGCAGCACGGGCGUCGCUCUUUACACGCGCAAGGUGUUAAUCCAAUCGAAGACAGAAAACCUGUUGCCCAAGUGGCUACGCUUUGUCAAGGGCGUUGUGGACUCUGAGGAUAUACCCUUGAAUCUUAGUCGUGAACUGCUGCAGAACAGCAGUCUCAUACGAAAGCUGUCCAGCGUCAUUUCCAGUCGAGUUAUACGCUUUCUGCAAGAGCGCGCCAAGAAGCAGCCAGAAGAGUAUGAUGCUUUUUAUAGGGAUUAUGGACUGUUCCUCAAGGAGGGAAUUGUCACUUCGCAGGAUAGUGCGGAGAAACAGGAAAUUGCCAAGUUGCUGCGUUUUGACUCUUCCAAGUCUGAUGAUGGCAAAUCGCGCAUGUCCCUUGAAGAGUACUGCAGCACUGUUGGCGUAGAGCAGAAGGACAUUUACUACCUGGCUGCACCAAAUCGCGUGCUGGCUGAAUCCUCGCCAUACUAUGAGAGCCUAAAAAAGCGCAAUGAACUUGUCCUCUUCUGCUAUGAGCCCUAUGAUGAGCUUGUGCUGAUGCAACUUCAGCAGUUCAAGAACAAGAAUCUUGUCUCUGUGGAGAAAGAGAUGCGCAACCAGUCCAAGGAUGCUUCCAAUCAGCAAGACUUUGGCGAGGGCAGUUUGCUGGCCACCGAGCUGGACAGCCUUAUGCCUUGGCUUCAGGAACAGCUCAAGGGUCAGGUAGCCAAGGUGAAGGCCACCGCGCGCCUGGAUUCUCAUCCCUGUGUGAUUACCGUUGAGGAAAUGGCUGCAGCGCGUCACUUUAUACGCACACAAAGCCAUCAGCUUCCAGAAGAGAAUCGUUUUGCGCUACUCCAGCCAGAGCUGGAAAUCAAUCCCAAACAUCCCAUUAUCAAGAAGCUGAACUCUUUGCGCACCUCGGAGCCCGAGUUGGCUCAACUUAUUACGAAACAACUUUUUGUUAAUGCCAUGGUCGGAGCUGGUCUUGCCGAGGAUCCGCGCAUGCUGUUAACCAAUAUGAACGCGCUGUUAUCCAAAGCCUUGGAAAAAUACUAACUUGAAGCAUUUUAUUUCCAAACCCUUAGAUAUGAUUAUUUUAAGCUGUUAAAAUUAAACACAAUAGUGCAACUAUUUUCAAUUCAA